AUGGCGUCGCGGCAGAAUCCGAUUCGCCCAAAUCCCUUCCUUUUCCCCGUCCCUUUCAUACCGAUUUUACCGUUCGGGGCAUUGAUUGAAUCUCCACAAAGGGGCGACAAGAGCCCUUCGGGCAUACGGUGUAGGAUACUCGGAGGGGGUGAAGGCGAUCCGUUGAGGCACUACACCGGAGGAACAAGGUCGGCCUUUAGAUCGGACCGGUGCUUGUGGGAGUGCCCUCGAUGCCGUCGAUCGGGAACACUCGAGGCAUCUUUUGUCGAGCGGUGGCACCGGUGGCAAGAGGUUUAUCAGCGGUCUCACGUGAUGCCGAGCAAUGAUCGUCGUCACAUGCCAUGGCAUGGAAUGGUAUGGCAUGGCAUGAGGGUCUCCCCCGUUCUGCUGCUGGCAUUGAUGAGCGUCGUUCGUAGGGAGCCCGCGGGGGCAUCCGCUCCGGUUCCGUACUCAACGUUUCCAGCGUGCGAACGGAACGCAACGCAGGACGGAUGGAUCUCGUUCUUCAACGGCGAUGGAAGGGCCAGAAUCGGGGUGCCGCACGACACUGCGGAGUCCUCUGCCGUGCCUCAGACAUGUGAGUGGGAGGAGGACGACAACGCCGGCUUCAGUGACGAUGGUCAGUGCUUGUCACUUGGACAGGCGUGCGACUCGUACUCGGCAGGAAAGUUGGCUUGCUCUCGAGGGGCUAUGUACGACAUCGUCCCCUCGGGGAGCAGACGCGACAAACGAGGGUCGGCACGCAAGGUGUUGCACAUGAUGGAUCCAUGUGUGCCAUGUCAGGCACGGUGGUGGAAAUCACAAAUAGAAGCAUGGAGAGCACUGUGGAGAACUGUGCUCUCCCCACGGUGUCCUCAUCCUCUACAGCGAAGGCUAAAUUAUGGCAAGAUUUCUACGCCCGCAACAACAGCGAGAUGCAAGUCCCUCGAGUCUAAAUAA